AUUCAAGUUCAAGCAAACAAGAUAGAUUCACACACAGUCAAAUGCAGCAGCGUGUAGUGUAGAUGGGACUUUUCGGUCAGGUCGCCUCAAUAGAAAUAACAAAAAUAAAUUAAUUUGUGGCCGUUUAUAAUACAUACGACUUUGUUGGAAGCUGCUAUGCACCAGAGUGACUUUAUUAAAGGAGUACGAUCGCCCAGCGUUCGCCAUGCCAGGCGCAAAAUAUGAGCAGCUGCCGCUCAGUGGGGAAGCUGACGACGAUGUAUUUACAACUAAAACAAGAGGAAAAUGGUCCGAAAUUUGUGUGCAGAAGAGCUUAAUAUCACUAGGAUUGAUACUCCUAUACUUCUCACUGUCUAUCGGGCUGACAUUUUACCAGGGAUGGCUUCUAAAGGAGUUUUCAUACCCGUUGACCGUGGUGAUGUACCAUCUGGUCGUGAAAUGGUUGCUCUCAGUGUUGGUUCGGGUGGUGCUCCAUGUGAUAACGGGGACUCCUCAACUUAUGCUGUCCUUCUUGACCAGCGUCCGGGCUGUGGCUCCGACGGGACUGGCUAGCGGCAUCGACGUCGGCUUCUCAAACUGGGGCCUGCAGCUGGUCACGAUAUCCUUGUAUACCAUGACGAAGUCAACCACAAUUAUAUUCAUUCUCGGUUUCGCUAUUCUACUUGGACUCGAAAAGAAAUCGUGGUCCCUGGUCGGUAUAGUGUUCAUGAUAGCCUCGGGGCUCAUAAUGUUCACAUACAAGGCGACGCAGUUCGACCUGCACGGCUUCAACUUCCUGCUGUUCGCGUCGUUCGCGGCCGGCCUCCGGUGGACCUUUGCCCAGCUCCUCAUGCAGAAGUCCAAGCUGGGGCUCCACAACCCUGUCGACAUGGUGUUCCAUGUGCAGCCGUGGAUGUUCUUCUCACUCAUACCUUUUAUGGUAAUGUUUGAAGGUAUGAGUUGCUUCUACUACUUGGGUAGUUUGGAGAACGGUGAGCUCCUGCCAACGAUUUUGAAGGUGACCGUUGGCGCCACUAUCGCCUUCGCGAUGGAGAUCAGCGAGUUCCUAGUUGUCACCUACACGUCUAGUCUUACACUCUCCAUAGCUGGUAUCUUUAAGGAAAUGUGCAUUCUAGUCUUAGCAAUUAAAGUGGGCGGCGAUAAACUGAGCUCCAUCAACCUGAUCGGUUUGGCACUCUGCUUGCUGGGCAUCAUCGGCCACAUAGUUCACAAGGUUUUAGUGAUAAAAGCCGUAGCUGGGACCGUGAGCGCAGUGGACGAGAAUUUCGAAGUUAUCAGGAACAGGGCGAAUGGAGAUAGCAAAUCGGAACCGCUCCUCGAACCGGACACAAAAUGGCCGACCAGCGACGACAGCGACGCCGACACGAACACGGUGCUACACGAAAUAAUUCAGAGGCGGGAUUUUAAGUAAGGAUUCUGCGUUGAACCGACAUUCUGAUUCAUUAACACAUUAAUAUUUAACGAGAAUAUCUGUCUGUCAGUCACGAUUUGUUAAUUUCGCUGGGCCGAUCUUGAUAACGUUUAGUGAGGAUAAAGCUUAAGAAACUAGGUCAAACUUAAGCUGUAUUAAAUAAAUUUGAGGUUGCUAUGAGUGUGGAAGUUUGUAUGAAUGAAACAACACAUGAAAAUAUUUAGGAUUCAAUGUUGUAGAGUUUAUAGAUUUGCCAACGACACGCAAAGAGGAACACAUGAAAAUUAAGCCGGCAGUAUCAUUAACAAUAAGAGUUAGAAUUAAAUCACAUUCGAACUACUAUUAUCUGCUCUGCUACGACCAAUCUGCUACGAUUUUGGCAUCAUAAUGUUUGCGUGGUGCGACUGUGCUGUUCACAUCGCACUAUCAUGUCGAUUCGCAGUGAGAUGCGGCUAACCAAUCACGCGACGACAACCACACCGCGAUCUGAUUGGUUCGCCGCGUCUCACUUAUAAAUCUUUCGACGGUCGAUAUUGAACGUUAGUCUCACUACACAAUAUUUCAUUAGAGAACAUUAAUGUACAGUCAAGCAUCACAUCAAGUUACCCCUCACCAGCCUCUGUGGCGCGGUAAUAGGGGCGAGUUUUCAAUGUAUUUGGGUAGGUUGAUGUGCUGUUGAUCUGCUAUUGAAUCAAAAUACCUCAAGUUAUACUUAUGAUCAAUUUUUAAAAUUUAGCUUAGUGUGACAUGUAUAUACUGAUAUAAAAUAGUCCAAAUAUUUGUAUCUUAAACUUGUAUACACACGCUGCGUUCCGUUCUACUGAAUAUAGCAUAGACACAUGUUAUUUCAUGCAUUUUCAGAUAUAAGCUACUGAACUAGCAGUCAUACGAAUGACCACUGCUAAGAAGAGUGAAAAUCGAAUCAUUUAUACAGAAAUUCGACCUUCACGGGCACUUUUUAACGACAUAUUUUAAAAUAAACUGAGGGGUUAGUGCGGGUUUGCAUAUAACCUCUCACCAUCGAAUCGAUUCGGUGGUGAGAUGUAAAAUGCAAACCCGCACUUCGCCCACUGUUAUUUUUUGUACAUAAAUUAACUUACUCGAGUGCGUACCGUGCUCGUGUGCUGCGUCUGCACUUAAGCGGAAAGUUUCGGUAUCAGUAGAUAUCAUUAUAUAUUACUAGCUUUUACCCGCGGCUUCUCCUGCGUCAACUCCAGGAUAGGAUCCUAGGAUAUCCACGGGUGGAUAUGGAGUGGUUCUAUUUUAGGGCGGAACCACACACCCCGUUUUCUAUUGACCGUCAUACGACUAAUUAAAUUAGUACUAGUACCACUGACAAGUCUGGCACUAACCUAUAUUAAUAACUUUCUUUUUAAUAGAAUUUGUGUGCUUAUAAAUCUAUCGAUCAAUAAAAUAUUAUAAAAAAAAUGUUUAAGAAAAGCUUUUAUAUAAAAUACAAUUUAAAUACUUACAUUAAGCUUAUUAUGUUGCGAUAUUAACAUAAAUAAAUAUUAUAAAUAUUUACACUCCUAGACAAGGAAUUAAUGCUUCUGUGUGCAAUAAGGUAUAUUGUAUCGCAAUUGAAGAUCUUAUGAAUUGAUUAAGUAUAGAAAUCGCUUUGUUGAAAAACCCCAUAAAAUUGAUGUCGCGACAAGCUUUUAUUGUUAUUUAAAUUCUCUAAAGUAAUAGAUAUUUAAUUUAAUAGGCUUAAUGUGAGUAUUUAAAUUUUAUUUUUAUAUUUUUCGGGUAUUUAAAUAAAAGCUUGUCUUAAAUGAUUUUUUUUAUAAUACUUUAUUUGCACAUACACUAGUAUUCGAUCGAUAUUUGAAGGAAAGAGAACAAAUAUUGUGUAUAAUUAGUAAUAUUUACUGAAUGGUAAGUUAUUUUUAUACAAAAAUGACAUUUGUGACACAAAUCGUGUCCGCGCAGUAAACCGAUGGGUUCCCUCAUGGUGGGUAAACACUGGGUGUGUUGCCAGCCACCGAGACGGAACAGUGCCUUUAUUUAUUUUCUUGUAUUAAUAGACUGUAUUGGUACAGUCUGCCAAAAAGUGUAUUAAACUGAUUUUUUUAAUGAACUACAUUUUAAAGUCUCAUUUCAAUACCAUAUAGAAUGGUCAAGAUGGUUGGAUAAAUAUCCAAUGUUGCCAGCCAACAGGAGACACCAUAUUCUUGUCAGACUGUACCUCGACAUAUUCUUGAUCUUGUCCAUGGUGAUCUACUGAAGGUGAAAGUGUUAUAUCUAAGUAAACCUUUCCAAACCCGCACGACACAAGGACUUAACACAGAUAAUAUCUGUGUCAAGUCCUUGUGGCGUGAAUUUACCUUACAUGUAAACCCACGCGGGCGAAGUUGCGGGCUGAACAAGUAUUGCAACAUUUAAAUUGUAAUUUAUAAACACAAAAAUUCAUAUCCUUCGGAAUGGCCUUAUAAUGUUCCUGACCUUUUUAUACAUACAUAGCGGAACAUUUAGAAUUUCUAUAAUAGGUACAAGUUUUAUAAGAGAAUCAUUGUGAUUGAAUAUUAUGGAUGUAAUAAUAUGUAAUAUAAUUGUAAGUUUUUUUCGCAUUUAAUGUACAUAUAUCGGCAUAUAAAUUAGCAUUCCCUUUGAAUUCCAACGUCAAGCUAAAUAAUGAUAAAAAUAUUAUUAUAUUUUUGUAAAUUGUACAUGAUAAUAUGUAAUAGUGAGUCAAAAGAUCUGAAAAACUAUAAUAAAACCGCAACGGCUUCAAGCGCCAACAGACACUACUUGACCGUUUCCACCGAACUCCCAAGUGUAAACAGUUGUCAUUGUCCAUCAGUUGAUUGACAAGUGACAAGUGACAAUUGACAAAGACAAUUUAGAUUUUUCUACACAUAUUUUGAUGAGUUUCACGUUGGCAAUAUCAUCAUUUUGGCGAACGAUGUAGUCAUAACAAAAGAGAAACUACUCAAGCUGUUUUCAUCGCAUAGAAUUUGGUACUUUGUACAACCGGAGAACCUACGAAUUUCAUGGUUGACCGUCAUAAAUUGUACAAUUAUUUUCAUCAUAAAGAAAUGAUUAACAGACCCUUAAUGAGUGUACUGGUCAAUAAAAAAUGACAAGACCGCCUCGUGUGUACACGUUUUAUUCAUUGUAAAAUAUAGCUUGAUCCCUCUUGACAGGAUGAACGGAAACAUUCGAAACGUGAGCUACAGAUACAGAUGUUUUAAUUUCAUACGAUUUGUCAUCUGUCACAGAUAUCAAGCCAUGUUUAAUAUUAGUAUAGAGGUCAACUUUACUCACUGUAUCAUAAUAUAAUUUUGCCAUUGACUACAAGCGAUAUUUUGUCAUACUGUUAUGAAAUCUCUUUAAAGGCCUCAUUUUUUGAGAAAAUAUUUCCGUGAACCGUAUACAUUAUCGUAUUUUUCAUUAUGUUCACAAGGAAGAGAUACCCCUAAAGGAAGUACACGAGGAGAAAUGGGACAGGACGUGUAAGUAUAUCAUCUGUCUCAUAAGGGCAGCGUUGACGAGGUUGAGGAGUUAUUGAAUGGUCUGUCUCAUGUGGCAACUCGCUGCUAUAAUUGUUAAAUUUGUGUCUAUAUGUUUUCUUGGUAUUUGAGUAGUGUUAAGCGACUGUCAUUCAAUAAAUGUUUUUAUUCAAUAUUUUAUUAAAAUGGCAUUCUUAACGAAUAGAAGUUUUACAGCUACAUUUCGUGAAGGCUAGGUAGUAAUAUCAGUUUUAUUUUUGUUGGUACAGUCAGGUACACUAAUGAAAAAUAGUUUUUUUAUACACCGAAAUCGUCAAAUUCAAAGUUUUUUAUAUUGAUGAUUUUUUUUUGUUUCUAUAUAUAAUUUAUCCCAUUUCUGAUAAAAUUGCUUUAAAAUUCCGAUGUAAUAUAAUAUAUCUUUUUGUUUAAAUAUCUAUAAAGAGAUAUAUGAGAACGCAAAUUCAUAAAUUAACGGCAAAAAAUUAUGUUGGCCACUAUUAGGUAUUGAUUUUUCUUUUGACUCAUACGAGCUAGAGUUUUAACUACAAUUUACAAAACAUAGAUUUUUUUACUGACACUUUUACUUUGUUACAAGAUUUGUUGUUUUUUUUUUUGUUAUUUUAUGUAAAUAUUUAAAAUUAAACGUUUCUAUUUUAGUUCGUAAGUACCUGUUUUUUGAAAGCACGAAUCAUAGGGGUACCUGGCAUAAUAAUAAUUCACACCUUUAUGGCGCUAACUGUACAUGGACCAAUAUUGUGCAUUUAAGUAAUAAAUAUACUGACAUUAAAAAGAACAUGUAUAAAAUUAUUAAUUAAGGUGUUUAUCGACGAUGGAUUUGUCGACACAAUAGUAUUUUGUUAAAAUUGUGAGUAAAUAAACGAAUAAAACCAAA